AUGCAUUUCAGCCUCAGCGCCAAGAACAAACUUGGAUUCGUUGAUGGAUCUGUCAAGACACCAUCAUCUGAUGACUCAAAAUUCCCAUUGUGGCAGCGCUGCAAUGACAUGGUUUUGUCAUGGAUCUUGCACUCCCUCCAUCCUGACAUAGCCAGCAAUGUUCUCUACGCUAAAACAGCGGCUGCUGUUUGGACUGACCUUCGAGAUCGAUUUUCACAGAGCAAUGACUCCAGGAUUUAUCAGAUUCGACAAGAAAUUGUUGAGUGUCAACAAGGACAGCAAACAAUCUCCAUCUAUUACACGAAGUUGAAAGCUCUUUGGGAUGAGUUAGCCUCAUACCAAGAGCCUUUUUCCUGUGACUGUGAAGGGAUGAAGAACCUUGCCGAGAGAGAAGAAAAAGAGAGAGUGAUGCAGUUCUUGAUGGGCUUGAACGACACCUACUCUACGGUUCGAGGAUCGAUUCUGAUGAUGAAUCCCUUGCCUGAUACGCGCAAGGUUCAUGGUCUGGUUCUUCAGCAUGAACGCCAGGUUGAGGUGACCAGCCGGAAUGACAGUUUGAUCACUCCCCAUGCAAUGCAAAUCAGUCGUUCCUCGCUGGUUGGAUCUUCACAACCCCGCAAAUCCCUGAAGUGCACAUACUGCGAUGAAGAUGGCCAUACGAAAGAACGCUGCUACUUCAUCAUUGGUUUCCUUGUUGGCCAUAAAUGGCAUGGGAAAAACAUCAAGCCCAGAAACCAACGUUACAACCCAACGGCUCACAAUGUUGAACUUCAUCAGUCACCAGCCAAACAUACUGACACUGCCAAGACAACCACUGCUAAUGGCCCAACCUUCACUACCGAGGAGUACAACGAACUUAUUGACAUGCUUUGCAAUAAAAAGGGUAACAUUCAGCCACUGGCACAUGCAACAGGUAUCAUUACACCCACUUGUAAUAUUGCACAACAUGAUCCACAUUCCACAUUAUAUUGGAUUGUCGAUAGCGGAGCAACGGAUCACAUUUCUCAUAUGCCUCCUACACAUAACCACACCGCGACACAUCAUGAAUUUGUUGGCUUACCCAACGGAGAACAGGCAACAAUAUGCAACACUGGGUUUAUUAAAUUAUCAUCUGAUUUGUCUCUUGAUGGAGAUGUGGAUACGAAGAAGACGAUUGGCCUGGGCAAGCAUUUUGAUGGGCUUUACUACCUCAUGCCUACCCAAAAUCCUCACCUAGCUAGUCAUGUUGGUCGUAUCUCAACUCUUUGGCAUCAACGUCUCGGGCAUCCGUCACCUGCACCUUUUCACCAUUUGUCCAAGAUUAUUCCAGAAAUAAUGUUUAAUUCCCAGCAUAUUUGUGAUGUUUGCCCUUUGGCUAAACAAACUAGAUUACCUUUCCCUUCCAGUUCAAUUAAAACCGUUGCACCUUUUGAUCUUAUUCAUUGUGAUAUUUGGGGACAUCACAACACCCAUAGCCUUCAAACUGCAUGUUACCUCAUCAAUCGCCUUCCUUCCCCCUUACUCUCUCAUCAUACCCCUUAUGAGCUAUUACAUGGGACUUCCCCUCUAUAUUCUCACCUCCGGGUUUUUGGGUGUCUUUGUUAUGCCACUAACCUUACACCCACUCACAAGUUUGACACUCGGGCUCGUCGUUGUCUUUUUCUUGGUUAUCCUCUUGGUCAGAAAGGCUAUCACGUUUUUGAUCUUGACACAAAGAAAUUUUUUGUCUCUCGGGAUGUUGUGUUUCAUGAACACAUAUUUCCUUUGUCUGAUCAUCCCCCUGCACAUCAAACAGCCACAACCACUCUUCCUAUUCCUCCUUCCACGUCAGACAUUUCUUUACCCACCUUUCCUCUCACACAUCCGGCCCAAGCUGACCCACACUUACCAACCUCACCUCCAGCAGAUUCGGCCCAAGUUGACCCGGCCCAACUUCCCUUUCUUACUCCCCUUUCAGGUCCCUCGUUCCCUUCGCCCUCCUCACUCUCCAUGCCGCCUCUCUCUCCCAUCGAUGGCGGCUCUGGUCCUCCUUUGCCGUUGCUUGGCCCUUCAUCGACCUCCCUUGAUCCACCCAUACCGUCGACCUCCCUUAAUCCCCCGAUGUCGUCGACCUCCUCUGAUCCCCCAGUCCAUCUCAACCCCACUGACCUACCCCCUUUACCUCGUCGGUCUGAGCGUGUUAAACACCCUCCUUCACAUUUUCACGACUAUAAAGCUCAUCACACCGCCUUGCUCACACCUGGGGCCGUCUCUUCCUCCACGUCCGGAACCCGAUAUCCCCUUCAUCGGUAUAUCUCUUACUCUGGCUUAUCUCCUGCAUAUCGGAAUUUUGUAUGUAAUAUCUCUCGAUUGGUCGAGCCAUCUUCAUAUGCGCAGGCUUGUCAGGAUCCCAAAUGGGUUGCUGCGAUGCACUCUGAAUUGCAAGCCCUUGAAGCCAACCACACCUGGUCUUUGGUCCCUCUGCCUCCCGGCUAUCGCCCAAUUGGCUGCAAGUGGAUCUUUCGAAUCAAAUACAACUCUGAUGGCACAGUUGACCAUUACAAGGCUCGUCUUGUUGCCAAAGGGUUCAAUCAACGCGAAGGUAUUGACUUCACUGACACCUUUGCUCCUGUUGCAAAAUUGAUCACUGUCCGCUGCUUACUGUCUGUUGCUGCUGCUCGCGAUUGGCCUCUACAUCAAAUGGAUGUCCAUAACGCCUUUCUCCAUGGCGACCUCCAAGAGGAGGUUUACAUGUUACCCCCGCCCGGCAAUGAUGAAAAGGCAAUCUGUAAGCUAAAACACUUUCUUGGCAGUCAAUUCCGAAUAAAAGAUCUUGGAUCCUUAAAAUAUUUUCUUGGUGUUGAGGUGGCACGAUCAAAAACUGGGAUCUCUAUUUGUCAACGCAAGUAUACUCUUGACAUUUUGGAAGAAGCUGGACUACUUGGAGCUAAACCAGCCAAGGUUCCCAUGGAUCCUGAUUUAAUAUUAUCUCCUACAGUCAACACCCUUAGUCAGUUUAUGCAAGAGCCGAAACACCAACAUCUUGAUGCUGCAUAUCGUCUUCUCCACUACCUUAAAGAAGCUCCAGGUCAAGGGUUAUUAUUCUCUGCCGAGAACAAGUUGAAACUAAUUGGCUAUUGUGAUGCAGAUUGGGCUCGAUGUCCAAUCACACGUCGAUCAGUAACUAGAUAUUGUAUCUUUCUUGGUAAUGCACUAGUGUCUUGGAAAAGCAAGAAACAGGUUACAAUAACACGAUCAUCUGCCGAAGCCGAAUAUCGUUCAAUGGCUGCAGCUACAUGUGAACUCACUUGGCUAAGAUAUCUGUUGCAGGAUCUGCGUGUUGCACAUUCAGAACCUGCAAAGUUGUUUUGCGACAAUCAAGCGGCCUUAUACAUUGCAGCGAAUCCAGUGUACCACGAACGAACCGAACACAUUGAGCUUGAUUGUCACACUGUUCGUGAAAGAAUAGAAAGAGGUGAGAUCAAGACUGGAUAUGUGCAGACAGGAGAACAGAUAGCUGACUUGUUUACCAAACCAUUGAGGGCACUGCCUUCAGUUCACUUCUUGGCAAGUUGGGUGUUAUCAACAUCCACAUUCCAACUUGAGAGGGAGUGUUAA